UUCUUCCCGAGAUCGAGCCGUCCUCCCCGCUGCUGGGAGCCGGGUCCGCCGCUGAGGAUCCAGGUCUGCAGACGGAGGGUUUUUUCUGAGCGACGCUGCAGACACAAAGGAGCUCUCCUCUCUGUUUUUCCUGUUUUUAAGGUGACAGCUUUCCCUCUGCGCUCCCACCAGCCGCCCAGACUGUCUGAGAGACCUGAAAUAUCGGACUAUUGAUAAGUUUCAAUCAGAUUUCCUGUCGUUGCGUCGGGAAGCUGCCGGGUUGGACCGAGGAAUGUUGUGAUUUAUUUAUUUUUAUUCUAAGGAGGAAGCAGAUCCAUCCGGAGCGUUUUAAUGCAAAGCCUGUGCAGGAUCAAGAUGCAGUUCCGGACGGUGCUGGACGUGAAAGUUGUGGACGUGGAGAAGAGGCGGAAUCCGUCCAAGCACUACGUGUAUGUCAUCAAUGUCACCUACUCUGACAACACGUCUCACAUCAUCUACCGAAGAUACAGCAAAUUCUUCGACCUGCAGAUGCAGCUACUUGACAAGUUCCCAAUCGAGGGAGGGCAAAAAGAUCCGAAGAAGAGGAUCAUCCCAUUUCUCCCAGGCAAAAUCCUGUUCCGGAGGAGUCAUGUGCGAGACGUGGCCAUGAAGCGGCUGCGUUUCAUCGAUGACUACUGCAGGGCUCUGGUGAGACUUCCUCCUCACAUCUCUCAGAGCGAGGAGGUGCUGCACUUCUUCGAGACGAAAGCUGAGGACAUCAACCCCCCAGUAGAGGACUAUGGAUCCAAGCGCAAGUCGGUGUGGAUGUACGGCUUUACAGACAGCCCGAGGAAAGAGGCCUCAGGGAUUGACAGCUCAGAGCCCAUGGUGCUGGAGCAGUACGUGGCCGUGGCCAACUACGAGAGGCAGGAGAACUCUGAGAUCAACCUCAAGGCUGGCGAGACGGUGGAUGUGAUCGAGAAGAGUGAAAGUGGUUGGUGGUUCGUCAGCACGUCGGAGCAGCAGGGCUGGGUCCCAGCCACAUACCUGGACUCCCAGAAUGGAACCAGAGACGAUUCGGAUCUGGCCACCUCCAGGACCGGAGAAGUUACUAAGAGAAGAAAGGCUCACCUGAAGAGGUUGGACCGCCGCUGGACCCUCGGUGGUAUAGUUAACCGCCAGCAGAGCAGAGAGGAGAAAUAUUUGACGAUCCAGCCGUACACCAGCCAAGGCGCGGAUGAAGUGAGCUUUGAGAAAGGGGUCACCGUGGAGGUAAUCCAGAAGAACCUGGAGGGCUGGUGGUACAUCAGAUAUUUAGGAAAGGAGGGGUGGGCACCGGCCUCCUACUUGAAGAAACUAAAAGACGACUUCUCGCCUCGUAAGAAAACCCUAACGGGCCCCGUGGAGAUCAUCGGAAACAUCAUGGAGAUCAGCAACCUGCUGCAGAAGAAGUCGGUCAGCGAGAAGGACAUCCAGACAGACGGAGAGGGAAGCAACACUCCAGAGCGCCACAUCACCAAGAGCGAGAUCAGCCUGCCCAUGCCCUAUAACUCAGAAAUCAACGCCGAGACGGGCAGGAGGCUGAGCGCCGGCCGUGACACCAACAGCCCCUGCCUGGGGAUAGCCGCCAGUUCUGCCCUGAGUGAGAAAGUCAGAGGGGAGCCCGGGUCUCCAGCUGUAGCACGAGUGGCUCCACACAGAGUGGAAAUUGGCUUUGAAGCUGUAGGGUCUCCAAAUCUGAGGCAGAAACCUCCCCCAAGAAGAGAAACCAACUUGGGUCUCCAGUUACCAAAGCCACCAGAGCCCCCUGCUGUGGAAGCAGAGUAUUACACCAUAGCAGAUUUCCAGUCCUCCAUCUCCGAUGGCAUCAGUUUCCGUGGAGGACAAAAGGCUGAUGUGAUAGAGAAGAACCCAGGAGGUUGGUGGUACGUGCAGAUUGGGGAGAUGGAAGGCUGGGCCCCCUGCUCCUACAUCGACAAGCGCAAGAAGCCCAACCUCAGCAGACGGAGCAGCACUCUCACCCGCCCCAAAGUCCCUCCACCAGCUCCCCCGAUCAAAAAGCAAGACUCAGAGGAGGCCCCCCAGUCUCUCAACCCUUCCUCCAAAGCCACGGAGCAGCCCAGCAGGCCAGUGUAUGAGGAACCGGAGUAUGAUAUUCCCGCAAUCGGAUGCGAGGGCGAAUCUGACAGUGAGUUUCUGAAGAACGAGCGCUCCCAAGAGGUGAAGACCAGCAAUGUUGUCUCUGAAAAGUACCAUAGCUCCCCUCCGUCAAAUAAAGCUUCACCUCCGGUCUGCAAAGCUUCCCCAGUUUUCGCUCAUCGAAGAACCUCGUUCAGAUCUGUGGAAGAGGUCAGUAAGGAGGAGUGUAUCUAUGAGAAUGAUGGCUUCAGACUGAGCAGUGGUGUUGAAGGAACCAGAGUUAAAGGUUCCAGUGUACCCAGCUCUCCAAGGAGCUACCAUUCCUCAACAGUCCCAAGGAAACCUUCUGGAUCUUCCCCUUUAGCUGGUCUAACCAGGAAAACGAUGACGCCAGAGAUGAGCAGAAGAAGCCAGACACUUGGCAGACAUGUAGACAUGAGGUCUCAGGACAGCAGCCCUCACUCUUCAUCAGACGAACUAGUCAGAGGUCCAAAGAAAAGUCCCGCCCUUAAGCGGGAUAUCGAACCAGGAAUCGGUCAGAGCCCUUCCACCAGACCCAAGCCGUCUGUCAGACCUAAACCCCUCCUGACCAAAUCAGAACCCCAGAGCCCUGAGAGAAUGGACAUCAGCUCUCUGAGACGGCAGCUGAGGCCUGCCAGUCAGUAUCGACAUAUCCUCAAACCGACUCGCGGGGAUGACUCGGAGACAGCUUCUGUUAUCUCCUCAGAGGGUUCCAUGUGUUCACGCAGUACGUCCGAUCUGUCUUCUGUAUACUCUAAGGGGAGCCGAGGGGACUCAGAUGUGGAAGGCCCUACCUUGUACCGCUCUGUCGAUGUCUACAAGAAGGUCCAGGACUCUGAAAUCAGUUUUCCGGCAGGAGUGGAAGUUGAGGUUUUAGAGAAGCAGGAGAGCGGCUGGUGGUACGUCCGCUGGGGCUCAGAGGAGGGCUGGGCUCCCUCUUAUUACCUUGAACCGGUCAAGAAGGUGGGUGAUCCAAGUGUUUUGGAGUCAAAUGGACAAAGAAAUAGUGGGAAAAAGUCUAACAGCCUGGAGAAGAAUGAGAAGCAUGUUUUAGCCCUGAAUAACAUCAACAUUCAGGGUCUGACCCAGCAGCACCAAGGAUUGAGAGGAAAUUCUCCUCCGAUUCCUUCCAAGCCCCCCGGAGGCUUCUCCAAACCCUCUGGACUGGUUAACGGAGGCGUACGGAUGAGAAAUGGUGUACGGCAGGUGGCGGUCAGGCCCCAGUCUGUUUUUGUGACCACAUCACAGACCUCUAAGGAUUCCCACUACAUGACUGGUUCCUUACGGAGAAACGAGUCCCUCGGCAGGAGUGACCACUACAGCUCUGGUUCUGCUACUCUCGGAGUUCGCAGAAAUGCCUCCUUCAGUACUGUACGACCCCACGUUGUCGUCGAAAGCCAGACGAGGCCAGUUGAGCGCUCCGGUCUGGGAUGCUCAGGAACCGCCUUCAGCACCUCCAAUGUCCCUGAUGCCUUGAGCAGAGUGAGCCAGCGCAACGGGAUCCCAGUGUCCACAGUGCGUCCCAAGCCCAUCGAGAAGAGCCAGCUAAUCCACAAUAACCUCGGCAGGGAUGUGUACGUGUCCAUCGCAGACUACCGUGGCGACGAGGAGACUAUGGGCUUCACUGAAGGAACAUGUCUAGAGGUUCUGGAGAGAAACCCCAACGGAUGGUGGUAUUGCCAGGUGCAGGACAGCCUGCUUCCCCGCAAGGGCUGGGUCCCGUCUAAUUACCUGGAGCGGAAAAAAUGAAACCCAGUCCCCUUAUAUGAUGUCUCCAUAGAGCUGUGGGCCGUGAGCCCCUAAGAAUGUUACCCCCAACCUCCCUUAAGCAAUAUGUCCUUGAUAAUGUACACUUAUGAAAAGAUGGAGGAAAUAGGAAAGAACACAAUAAAUUUUUCAGAGAAUGAGAGAAAAAAACAGAACACCUCUGAAGCAGGAAGGCAGAGAAAAACAUUGACAUAUUAAGGGAGAGGUUUCGAUUCUGCAGAAGCCAAGCAGGAUACUGGCUUUGCUGAUUAUGAUGGCCAAUAAGUGCCUUUUGUGUUUGAUCACCUGAUGGCAGAACUUUAAAUCAACCAAAUCUUUCUUCAAGAGUGCCAUAGUCCUGCGAACACCACCAAGAGUUUUACUAUUACCGCUUCAGAGUUCCAAGCAUCCUGAUUCCAGUUCCUGAUCAAACAGAUUGACGAAGACGACUAUGAAAUCUCUCUUUUUUCAUGUCUGUUUCAUUGUCACGUUUUGAUGCAAGUCUUCCUCUGAGAAUUAUUUCUGCCGUCUUGGAACAUCUGUUUGAAGUUCAAACUAACUCUGAACAAACAAGUUGGCCUAAACUGGUGCUUACAUUCCUCAAGGUGUUAUGAUAUUCAAACGUGUAUUUAGUGACGUGGAAAAACUUGGAAGUUGGAUAUUUAGUUUUUUAAUGUAUGCCUUUUAGACCAAAAUUCCAGACAAAACAAUUAGCUUACAAAGAUUUUAUCUCCAGAAAAAUCUGUUCCUAUAUGUGUUUUGUUUCAUGUAUGCAAUAUAAAGCUGCUGUCACUGCAACAUGUGAAAUAAAUCCCAGGGACACUUUCAAAAUGUGAUCACACCCAAUAGAAACAGCUUUUCAUUGGCAAAAUAAACAUUUUCUACUUUACCUGUUAUUUAUGGAAAAAAAAUGAACAGGCUUUUAAUUACAAAUAUUUAAAACUUUUUCUGUUCCUGGAAGAACUUGACAUGUUUUCACAAAAUUAAAGAACAAUGGAAACAAUAUGUAAAAAAAAAAAAUAUUAUUAAUGCUGUCCAAUAGAGUCUUAAUAACUAAUUUUAAUGUUUUGAAUAAUUUUUAUUCAACAAGUAUCCCAAUAUCCUGCAAAUAAAACUGCAAUUAUGGACAAAAGUAUCAAUAAUACCUUGUGAUACAUCACAUUCAGAGUUAUAGCUGAACUUUCAGAUUCGCAAUCAACGGAUGUUCAAGACAGCUGAAAUACAUUUUCUGACACACUUUAGGCUUUAUGUGUAUUUUAUUUUAUUAUGUUUCUGCUGGACAGUAUCAUAAUCUCUAACAGAGUACAUAAACUGCUCAGAGUCUAUUUUAACGAAACCAUAAAAUUAUUUUCUUUGCUCUGUGAUUGCACAACGGCAAUAACGAGGAACGAAGCGGUUCUGUUUUGGGAAAUUAGUGCACUUUAAAACUUGUUUUGUGGUGCAGUAAUUUAAAGAUGCAGUAAAUACUCAGCAUAUUACUCAUUCAAUGUUUUUGUCAUUUUUAUUUAAAUUUGCAGCUCAAACUCUUGAUGUGAAAGUCAGCUGUUUUGGUACAAUUGGCGAAACAGAGACCUCGUGUGGAGGUUGAGAGGUACUACAAGAUUUUCUACCUCAGUGCAAGAAUAAAAAUGCGCUGCUGGUCAGUGAGUAUCUCAGAAAUUUUACUUUAUUUUUCAAUCAUAGUGCAGCUAAAUUUACUGAAUUGAUUUGUUACUAUUUAAUUUUGUAUCAGACAGUAAUUUAUUUUUGCAUUUUUUUAUGCUGUGGGCUGCAACUUUAGCAAAGCACGAGCACUUCCUUCAUCCUUAUUGGUCUUUACAUAAUGCCUGAUUUAAAAGCAUAUUUAUUAUGAGGUUUUUAUGAUUUAACAAUCAGCAUAUUCACCCUUUCUAAGGAUCUAUUCAUCAAAUAAUUAUCUGGGUCUCUGCCUCAAUCAGAGUUCAAGUAUCUUGGAGAUUGUUCAUGAGUGAUGGAGAGGGAAGUGAGAGCUCUGCUCCAGGCUGCUGUGCUGAGCUGAGCUGGAAGGUGAAGAUCUUGAUUUUGUUCUCCUUCCACCUUCCAUCCUUCGUUAGUUAUGGAUCAUAACUGAAAAAAACAAGACACAAGCAUUCCCUCCAGUAGGGGAUUUCCAGGGUACGGCACCUUAAACAUAAUACUAAGACAAGUUAAUAAAAUGUUUUUUUUUACAUUGUGUCUCAUUACAACCACAAACCUCAGUGUCUUUAUUGGUUUAUGGCAGGAACAUCAUGUGUAGAAACUCCGAGUCCUUGAAGCCGGAUUGUGUGGAGAUGGUCGGCUCCUCAGGCUUACUGUGUCGAUCUCCUCUAUGUCCAGUUCUUCCUCCCCUGCUACUAAAGACAAAGGUUUUCUAAUGCCACAAAAUUAGAAAAUCUAAUUUUACUCCACUUACAAUAAGUUUUCAAAUCAGUCGGGUUGGAAGUAGAGCAUCUUUGAUCAUUUUUCAUGUCUUGUCACAGAUUUGCUGAUGGAUUUAGGUCUGGACUUUGACUAGGCCAUUUUAACACAUGGACAUGCUUUGGUCUGAAUGAUCACUAUCAUUAGGGUGGUUGUAUUGCUGAACUUCCCACCCAGUGUGAAAUCUUACAACCUAUCCAGCUACAUGACAGUCGGGAUGAUGUACUUUAAUCUUCUGCCACACAAAGUUUGGUAGUUUUGUUUGCAGGUCAGGAAGUUGAACAUCGUCUGACUUUAUCCAAGCAACUUCUUCCAUUUUCAUCCAUUUCCAUUAAGGUUUGUGGCUGUAGUGACAGAAUGCAGAUGAAAUGUUGUUGUUACCUCUGUGACCCGAACCCAGAUGAAUUCAGCUGACUUAAAGGAUAACAAGCGUUGAUGUUUCAUUACUGCACCCAGAGUGAGCAUGCUGAUUGGUCCCUUUCUGACGACGGCAUUAUGUAAAUGUGUUGAAUCACUUCAGCUCAUGUUAUGACUGCAUACUUCUUUGUUUGAUUGCUCUGAACCUUUGUUCAAGGAAAUCUUUCUGUACCAAAUCUACGUUUGCCUGUGCAGCAUUUAACUAUGCUUUAAAUUUCUUUUUCUUUCUGUGUUUUAUUUGUCAAAAGUUGAAAUGUACCCGUGAGGAUAUGUGCAAUAGACAGAAACGGCGCCACAGAUGUAAAAAAAAAAUAAGAAAAAAGAAAAGUGCUGGGGAUGGACGUCCUGGAUCAAACCGAGGCCCUGAAACACAUCGGACCAAAGCAGGAGGAUCUCCACUGAAACCCCCUCCGGAGUCACAUCACAUCCAUCUGGCAGCGGAGAGCCACGGGCCCCGUCUUCAGGGGCCCUCAGUGGCCCCGCUUUGAGCUGUCACGUUCGUGCCUGACUGGAGUUUUGAGAUUUUUGUGUGUUGUUGUUUUUCCUCGCCCUCGGGAGCGCGUCCUCCUUCUCAACCCACAGGAGCGUCUCUGCUGACAUUCCCCCCCUCCCUCGCUGUCAGACCCAGUCAGACCUCCUCGCCGCCGUUCGCACGGUAAAGGUGACAUUUAAGCGUAGGUGAUGGCGCACUCGCUGACAUCAGCCGGAGAGUCUCGGCAGUAAACAAGAGACCUGAGAGACGAAUCCUCCUCCAGCCCAUUUCUGCUCCAUCCAUCAUCUUCCUGGAUGUUCACCAAACAGAAAAAUCUGAUGUUUUUCUCAGCGCAGAGCCCCCAGCAGGCCGCACUGACGUGCUAUAGGUCAGCGCACACAGCUCUCCGUCUCGUUAGGGGCUAGAAAGCCUUCAGUUUGAAUACUUUAAGUCAAAUUUCAGGAAUAAAUCUGCUGCUGAGAGUUAAAUGAAAAGCUUGAAACCAUCCUCAGAGCUCUGGAGCGAAUGUUGAAGAUGUCUAACCUUUCACCUUUAGAGCUUUACAGUUAAAAAAAAACUUGGAAAAAACAACUAAAUCAGAUAUGAUUUCUGUUUUCAUCUGGAAAGAAAAUAAACUUUGGAAAUUUGGACAAGAGAACAUUUGGCAAAAUGGUCAGCAGAUUCAUGUCAGUUUAGUUUAACUAUGAACUUUAAUUUAAAUCUGUCUAAAGAUUAAAUCUGGUAAAAGUUUAAAUUUGCUGGAAAAAAAAGAUCAUUUUAGAUCAAUUCCUGCUAAUUUGCACUGAAAAGCUGCAGUUUCACUACAAAAGUUCAAAAACGUUAAAAUAAUGUAUUCUUUCUGGGAUUAACCACGUUUAUGUAGAAUAAGGCCACUGAAAAAGGGAAAUCCUUGAUUUUUCUCAGCAGAUUAAAGUAAAAACUUUGAUUUGGGUAUUACGUCACAUUCUGAAUAUUUGGGAAAAUUCAAUGUUUUGUUUUUUUUUCUUUAGCAAAUUGUUACUUUUUCAUUUUAUACUUUCUAAAACUUCAAAAAUCCCAUUUUGUGCAGCUCUCUUGUGGUUCCUCUUUGACAUUCUUUCAGUCUGAAGUGGAAUUAAUGGAGAAUUGGGAAUAAUUUUAAGCUGCUCAUCUAACUCUCAGCAUAAUUCCAGAACAGACUUUUUAUCCGAGGGUCUCUCAGCAGCAGCGACUUUUUAAAAAAAAUUAAAUUUACGCAGAAAAGUUUGUGGAUCUGUUGGUUUCCAUCCACCUGCAGCUCUGCUGUCCAGAUCCCUCUGGACGUCCCAACAGUCCGUUAUUAUUCAUUUAAAAACAGCUUGAUGAAAUGUCACACUUCCUCCACACAGCUAAGUUUCCUCUUCCUCUUGAAAUGUCCUGGUUGUCUCAGAGAAUGUUGAUAGGAUGUGUGUUUCAGAGCAGGUGUGUUCAGGUGAAGGAGGAUGCAGGGAGAUGGGCGGUGAAAGCAUGUUGGUCAGUGUUUGAAUCGGAUUUAAUUUCAGAUUCCGCAUCUCCCUGAAGUGUUUGAGGAGGUUUUUGGGAAACAAUAGGUGUGAGCCGGUCUCUUUCUUCGCUUUGCUCCUUUCUUGUUUUGUUCAAAGGAAAACUGAAGGUGUUGAAGUGGAUGUGGAAAGUUUCUUUGCAUGUAAUGAAGUCAAGUUUGUGGAAGGAGGGAGUGCUGGUGGUGAGAGGAGCAGGUUUGGUUGGACAGGUUUAGGAAGUGAAGGUUGAGGACGAUUCUGCAGGUUUUUAAUUUACUUUCUGGUUUAGUUUAAGAGAUCGAGAAGAAGGAGGAAGAGGAAGAGGCUGUGUUGAGGAAUGAAGCUCGCUGCUGUGGCUGUUUUCAUCUGAGGCCUCAGUUUAAUUAGGACAAAGGUUCAUCUUAAGUAAAGUUGAUUGUGAGCAUAUCCCAGACAUCCUGAUCAGUCAGAGAACAGAGUUCAUCUCCUCCCUGCUGUGGAACGCAGAGUGCCAAAAACUCCCACCAGAAAGUUCCUGCAGAUCAGAAAUCCUGCUCUGUAAAUCCCGACAGAGAACCAGUUUACCAGCCGUGCUAACAAACAACUGCAGGCCUUCAGUUGGACCAAACGAGGUGCUACUCUUUCAUGUUUCCUCUGUUUUCUUUCUCUGCGUUGGGUUAAAGCCUCGCUGACUCCUUGUUUUCAGAAGACGUGCCACGAGGACUGAAAGUCCGGAUGUUUCCCGAUCUGAGACCUUCCCUUUUGAAAACAGGGCCGUUUCUUAUCUCCAGCUUCAUUUUGAUGAGUCUCAGUGUCUUUCUCUUGUUUUGUAUCUUCUACAUGUUUACAUUGUAUCUGCCCAAAAGAUAAACGAUAUUAAAUGUAUUAUCUUUGCUGUUUUCA